GAACCUUGUCUGCCGCUAGCCCCUUGAUGAAUUGUAGCCCCUGUCCAACGCUUGCUGCUGUGUUUGCAAGUGGCUUCUAAACAAGAAAGCGGGCUGCGCUACAGCCGGACAGGGAAACGACUUCACAGAUUGCUUUUUCCAUUUAAAAUUCUAUAUCUGGGUAUGGAAAACUACAGCAAACCCAACCCUGGAUAAGUUGUUGAAAUGAAAUUCUCUUGGCUGUCGUGGUCUGUGUUUGGAGGAAUGCAUCUUGAUAUUGAAGGGAUAUUUAAAAAUUUAAUUUGGCCAUGGCUCGGUUUAUUCUGUGAAUGUGGCUGAUUUUGCUUAAAGCUGUAUUGCUAACUAGUAUUUAUAAAGCAGCUUAAAAUCCUCAUUUGAUACAUGACUUGAACUGCUUAUUUAGAAACUUUAAAUUCUUUUAAGUGAGGUUUUUCUCUCGUAAGGAAAGAAACUUUCAUUAAACAGCUGUCAAGGUCACAGCAUAAAAGAGGGGGUGGAGUUGUGAAAAACUUGACCUGGGAUGUUCAUUUCUCUAGGUAAAGUUUUGAUUUAUCCCCCGCCGCCAAAUCUUACAAGAGCUUUUUGUUCCAAAACAGGAACUGAGACUGGGCAUUCGAGUGGAACAUCAGUCAAAGCAGAGACCAUUGCUAAAAGCACUGGCACUGAGAAGGUGAAGGCUAAUAAGACUGAUGAGAUGACAAACUUCAUGGAUGAUUUAACUCUAAGCUCUCCAAAGGGGAGAAAUUCCCACUCGAGGUCCAAAAGAAGUCGUGACAGAUCAACAUCAAGAUCAUCGAGCAGAUCAUCUUCCAGUUCGCAGUCCAGUUCAAGUUCUUCGUCUUCAGCUUCUUCAAGGAGUUGGAGCAGGUCUAGAACCAGGUCAAGGUCAAGAGCUAGAAGAAAUGGUUCCAGGAGGUACAGACAGUACUCCAGAUCGUAUUCCAGAAGCCGUUCCAGAUCACGUAGCUAUCGAUGUAGGGGAAGGUGCUAUCCUAGGCACUACAGAAGAUACCGCCGUUCUCCUCCAAGGUACAGAUCGCGCAGUCGGUCGUGGUCUCGUGGAAGAUCGUAUUACAGAAGAUCUUACUCUAGAAGCAGAUCGCGAUCAAGAGGCCGGCGUUACUAUGGAUUUGGGAGAACCAUAUAUCCUGAAGCUUACAGAAACUGGAGAAACAGGUCGCGAACAAGAUCCCGUAGUAGAUCUCUCCAUUUAAGUGAGAAAGAUAAGAGGGAACUCCUGGAAAUAGCCAAGGCUAAUGCUGCCAAAGUCCUGGGAACAAAUAACAUUGUGUUGCCAGCUAGUUUGAGACUCAACACUGCUUCCAAAGAGACAAACAGCGGAAACCUGAAAAGUGAAGAUGCUGCAGAGUCUACUGAGCCAUCUGGAAGACUUACGGAAGACUUGCUUAGAAGUGGAACUGAGAGAGCUACUGCACAGAGAGGCAUUUCUUUUAGCCCUAAUAACACAAUGGCGAAGCCGGUAGCUCAGAAACCUGCAAGUCUCUCUGUUAAAGAGAUAACAAUUUCCCCAGGAAGAGAUGAUGACAGAAAAGGAAAUCCUUAUGGGCAAUGGGUUCCUAUCAAGAAAGAAGAAAACAACUCAUUUUUAAACUUCUCUCCUAAAAGUGCACCCUUUCGAGCACGCUAAUACUGCUUCCCUUGCUUUUCUAUGAAGAGUUGUGAUACUUAAGCAUUCCAGUAAUGAAGUCUGAACUCCUCCUACCAGGUUGAAGAUCUUUGUUUUAAUACUGAGUAUUUACUGAGAGGUUUUUAAUUUUGGAAUAUUAGGUUUGUCUUUCAGAUAGAAGACUGAGCACAGUGGUCCAGAAAUUACAGGUGGGAAUCUUUGUAUAUUUUGUAAAUAGCUUUUUGCAACACUGUAAUGGAUUAGAAAUUACAGGUGGGUAAUCUUUUCUAAUGUUAGUUUAGCAGUCCGUGUUCUGAAUACUUGUAUUGUGUAUCUGUUUACUUGAAAUAAAUAAAGCUUUAGUUUUUGAA